UAUUAGAAGAGAGAGAGAGAGAGAGAGAGAGAGAGAGAGAUGGAGAGGAUACAAGGAGCCGCUGAAACACAUGUUCUCAUACUUCCUUUCCCUAUACAAGGACACAUAAAUCCAAUGCUCCAAUUCUCCAAGCGCGUAGCCUGCAAAGGAGUCAAAGUGACACUAAUCACCUUCAGCGACAAACAAUUCACCAAAGGCGAAGAUGGGUUAGUAAGUUUUGAGUCCAUUUCUAAUACUAGUGAAGAAAGCAGGAAGGAUAUGGGUGUAGAUGACCGUAUGAAGAAAUUCCAGGAUACGGUUAGAGUGAAAUUACCAGAAAUUGUUGCAAAGCAUGGGGAGUCUGGGUUCCCUGUGAGUUGCCUUAUAUAUGACUCGAUGAUGCCAUGGGCUCUGGAGCUAGCCAGAAAGAUUGGAAUCUCUCCAGCAUCAUUCUUCACGCAAUCGUGUGCAGUUUGUGCUAUUUAUUAUGCAGUUCAUGAAGGGAAGCUUAACAUUCCAAUUGAUGAUCAGGCCUCUGUAUCACUAGAAGGGAUGCCACCAAUUGAGGUCUAUGACUUGCCCUCUUUCGUUUAUGACAUGGAUAAGUACCCAGGUGCAUUGAGCCAUUUAGCAAGUCAGUUUUUGAACAUUGGAGAAGUUGAUUGGAUCUUUUACAAUACUUUCGACAUCUUGGAAGAAGAGGUGGUUAGCAGGAUGGAAAGCAAGUGCCCAAUCAGGCUAAUAGGACCAACAAUUCCAUCAAUGUAUUUGGACAAGAGAUUGGAGGACGACAAGGAUUAUGGCCUCAACCUCUUCCAACCCAAUACAGAAACUUGUAUGGAGUGGCUAGACACUAAGGAAACUUGCUCAGUAGUUUAUGUAGCUUUCGGAAGCAUAGCUGCCUUGGGAGAGAAGCAGAUGGAAGAGCUUGCACAGGGCCUAAACAUGAGCAACUACUAUUUCUUGUGGGUGGUUAGGGAAUCAGAAGAGAAAAAAAUUCCAAGAAAAUUUGUUCAAGAGACAUCAGAGAAAGGUCUACUAGUAACAUGGUGCCCUCAAUUAAGAGUUCUGGCUCACAGGUCAGUGGGAUGCUUCAUGACUCAUUGUGGGUGGAACUCAACACUUGAGGCUUUAAGCUUGGAAGUGCCAAUGGUGGCAAUGCCACAGUGGACUGAUCAACCAACGAAUGCAAAAUUUGUUGCCGAUGUGUGGAAAGUUGGAGUUAGGGUAAAGGUGGAUGCAGAAGGAACCGUCAGAAAGGAAGAAAUAGAGAAAUGUCUAAGGCAAGUAAUGGAAGGAGAGACAGCAAAUGAGAUAAGAAAGAAUUCACAGAAUUGGAAGAAACUUGCUAAAGAGGCAGUGGAGGAAGGGGGAAGUUCUGACAAGAACAUUGAGAAAUUUGUAGAAGAACUCAAAUGCUCCUCCAAUGUUACUAAAUAGUAAAUAGUGAAACAAACACAAUAAGCUUGGCAUGUGGGUAAUUAAUAAGCACUCCAUUGUGUGAGAAAAUAAUGUAAAAAUAUAUUGUAAUUAGGUAAAUUCUUGCGAUUGUGGAUCCAUGUAUGGUGGAAUUAUCUGUAAAAUAAGUAAAAUCCAUACAUUUAUGUGUUGGAUCCAUAAUAGAUCUGAUUAAUAUAAGUUUUUUCCUUUGUAACUAAAUCUAGCAAUCAAUUGUUGUCAAUAAAGUUGUGACUAGAUCACUUGAAA